UUGUCUCCUCUUCGUCUUCCCGUUUAAAUCUUCUUUCCCGGACUAGAUAUACUAGCUCCGUGCCUCUAGUAUUGCACAGCAUAUGUAUACUUCGUAGCUAGGCUUGGUACGUUGCUAGCUAGGUAUACAUGGAGACGGAGCUGUCUCUGGCCUUGGGUCGCCCUGAAACCGGCGACAGCGGGGCGGCCGGCCGGGGUGCGGGCAACGGCGGGAAGGCCGACGAUGAGGUCCAGCCGCUGUUCCCGUGCCUCUUCUGCGACAGGAAGUUCCUCAAGUCGCAGGCCCUCGGGGGCCACCAGAACGCGCACAAGGAGGAGCGCGCGGCCGGCUGGAACCCCUACAUCUACGGCCGCUACCCCGUUGCCAAUCCCACCUCGUCUCGCGCCGCCGCCAGCAAAAAGUCGAUCCCUAUGGCCACGCACGGUGGUGGCGGAGCCGCCGCCGCACCGCCCCUCCAUGUCGUUCGUGAGGCUGGCACGCUGGCUCCGUCCGUCCACGGCGUGCGAGCGGGAGCCGGCCCGUUCUACGGCGUCCACGACGAUGUGGGGGACAUGCUAAGCUCGGAAAGGUCACCGGCCGCUGAGCCGGCAUCGGAGAGCAACACCGGCGUAGGGAUCGACCUGGAGCUGCGACUCUAGCUUAUUUAGCUACCGACGACAUGCAUCUUGCAGGAUUAUCUUCCAGUCUCUUGGUUAUUUGCCUUUAUCAAUCUAUCUUCUGAAGGUUUGUGUUGCCCUUCAGUUUUUGUUUUGUUUUGCUUGUGAAGUGCCUUUAUUUCUUCAGACUGAUGGUUCGUUGCCUUAGUCAAGCUGUCAAGCUCAAGCAUGACUCACUUGCCAUACUAUUGAGUAAUUCCAAAUAUUAUUGCA